UCGUAGUUAUCCUACACGUUAAUUCUUUGUUUGUUGGUUGGUUUUUCUCGUUUUAGUCUCUGCCAUCUUGCAGGUAAAGUUGCCAGGGGGCUGAGAGAGUGGCCAAACCCUCCCACCGUGGGGUGUUUUCUCUGCUGCACUCUGGGCUGGUUCCUAUUCAAAUGUGGGUCAGGGGUGAGGAAGCCUAACGUCAUAAGCUUGCAACAUGGCGUCCCGAAGGCUGUGAGAUGAGCAGGAGGAUGGUAAAGAACGCUUGAGACAGACUCUACCGAUGUAAGAAGCUUUAGGUGGUGCUUGUGUAGAGAGAGAGUGAGAAAGAGAGCGAGAGAAAGAGAGAGAGACCGACAGACAAAAGGAAAGAAGGAAGGUGGAAAUGGAACUGCCAAAUCAUGCCAAACACCUGCUGCUGCAACUCAACCAACAGAGAGCCAAGGGCUUCCUGUGUGAUGUCAUCAUCGUGGUGGAGAAUGCGCUCUUUCGUGCCCACAAGAACAUCCUGGCUGCAAGCAGCAUUUACUUUAAGUCUUUGGUUCUUCAUGAUAACCUCAUCAACCUUGAUACAGAGAUGGUUAACCCCUCUGUAUUCAGACAAGUGCUGGACUUCAUAUACACUGGGAAGCUCUUGUCCUCAACGGACCAGAGCAGCGAGCAAAACUUCAGUGCCCUCUUAACAGCAGCUAGCUACCUCCAGCUCCAUGACCUCGCCGCUUUGUGCAGAAAGAAGCUUAAGCGCAGUGGUGGGAAACCUCUACCCGGCAAACCCUCCACUCCAGGUCCCCUCAGCCGCUUACGUCUCAACAACCAACGACUUUCCUCUUCGACCCCAGCCGGCCCAAAUAACCACUACCCCCAAACUCCCUCUGAUGCUGACCAGCAACAACCAGAUGAAGGCCUUCGGGACAAACUUUCUGAUGAUGAGAUGUUUGUUGGCAGCUCUGGAAAAAACGGUAAUGGGGGCAAUGGCAACAGUAAUGGCAACCUCAGUAGUGGAGGAAGCGCUGGAGAACCAGACCUUGGACUGGACCUGUCCAAGAAAAGCCCUCCCUCUGUGGGCAUGGCCACUGACGCUCUCAGCCCACACAGCAACUCUCAAGAAUCCCCUCAGUCUGCCUCAGUAUCCACAACCAACAGUGCCUCACUGGAUGACUCCUCUGCCACUCUACCAGGUGUAGAUGGAUGUGGCUCAGAAACCGUGGAGAUAAACCCUUCGUCCAAAACCUCAGAAGAGACCCAGAACCAGCCAGAUGGGCCCCCACCUCCUAAGAAAUCCAGACAAGGUUCUCGCAAGAACGAAUGGCCUAAGAGAGAGGCAACAGGGUUGAAGUCUGAAGACCACGACAGACCCCUUGUCAACGGUGUGAUUGUAGGUCCCAAAGAUGGCCGCUCCUCUGGUGCUGGAGGGGGAAGUGGCAGCAGUUUCACCUCCGACCAGUCCUUUCAGUGUAAAGACGAGGAAGAAGGAGGAGCAGGAGAAAACGGCCAGGACCACAGUGAGGAGAGUUGUCAAAGUGAUGGAGAGGCUGCAGGAGGUGGGGGAGGUAGAGGAGGUAAAAGAGGAGGAAAUCGCAGCGCCAACUAUGUGUACAGACAGGAAGGGUUUGAGCCAGCAUUUGGAGAUAACCUCUAUGUGUGCAUUCCCUGUGGCAAGGGCUUCCCUAGCUCUGAGCAGCUCAACGCACACGUGGAGACACACACCGAGGAUGAGCUUUACAUCAAGGAGGAGGGAGGGACCUUCAUAAAGGAAGAAGACGAGGAAGAGGCAGAAGACCUCUCUGCUCCUGUGGGUCCUUCCAACUUUGGCUCUGAAGCACGUCCAUUCAAGUGUACAGUCUGCAGUAGAAGCUACAAAGACCCAGCAACCCUGCGACAACACGAAAAGAGCCACUGGCUGACCCGACCCUUCCCCUGCAACAUCUGUGGCAAGAUGUUCACCCAGAGGGGCACCAUGACACGCCAUAUGCGCAGCCAUCUUGGCCUCAAGCCAUUUGCCUGUGAAGAGUGUGGCAUGCGCUUCACUCGCCAGUACCGUCUGACAGAGCACAUGCGCGUCCACUCUGGGGAGAAGCCGUAUGAAUGCCAGUUAUGUGGUGGGAAGUUCACACAGCAGCGCAACCUCAUCAGUCACCUGAGAAUGCACACCUCACCUUCCUAGAAAUGCAUCAAGCCAAAGAACUCUGGGAAUUAAAAAACAAAAAAACAUUUCUCUACUUUUUUCCAUCUGAAAAGCAAGGAAAUGCACACAAACACAUUCACACGCAAACACACAAGUCCUUCAGAUGAAUUCCAGUUUACGAUGCCCUUGGCUAAGUGAAUGACGUUGCCGUUAGCCACGCCGGGCUCCUUUGGUGACAGUGGUAUCUUGCUGAUGCAAGGACCGUGUCAUCGUUUUUAUCGAUUUCUCACCUCUCAGGAGUUCAAGAUGAACAAUUUACUCCUGUCACUCUCCAAAGUCAAGAAGCCAUGGCGGGGUGACAUGACUUCUGGUCUGCGCUGCAAGUCUAUUUAAUGUGAAUGUGGGUACUACUACAACGUCGAGCCCUCUCACCCCUCAACGGCCCCAGCAACCUCCCUCUGGUUGACACUGUCAAAGUGUUGAGUUUUUCCUUCAUCUGUGCUAUCUUGACCAAAAACCGUGCAAACAGUACUGGCAAUAAUUCAACAGAAAGAUUAUUUUUACCCUGACAGCUUUAUAUCCUUUGGUAUGUUGGUGGUGGGGAUCUGUGUGUAACAGAAGGGAUAACUCGGUUUGGGACCAUUUGCAUGCUUUAACUGAAAGUCCUUAAACAAGGUUCAUGGUGGGAUAAUGUUGGAUUACCUUUUAGUUUUUACAGAUGACAAAAAUAAGUCCUCACAGCUGUUCACAGUAAAUGUAGAGAGGAUUUUUCAUUAAUUUCAUUUUUGCCUGCUAUUGCUUCCAGGAAUGAACGCCUGGUUGGAAAUACGAACCCUUUGAGGUACUUUGUUUUACUUAAAGAGCUUGUAAUGUUUCACUGAAUGUUAAAACUGGAAGGUCUUGGGAUUUUUCUUGUGGGGGGGGGG